CGUUGGCUGGCUGUGGAUGGAGGCUUUUCGUGUCGGAUAUUCAGAGUGAUCAAGCGACGGCGAUGCGGAAGACUGCUGGCGGAUUUGUCCCCGCGGCACGUGCUACCGCGUCUUCUUCGUGUCUUGAUGAUUGACAGCAAGACGGUCACUUUUCUCCGCUCUUCCCAUUGUACUUGAUGAAGCAUACAGUCAAUGGCCAUGCCAACUUCGCCUCGCCUACAACAUGCCCAUUAAUGAUAAUUUGAAGAUGGCUGGUCCAGCAGAGUACGCGGCACGCAGACAAGCUGGCGACACUUUUGCUCCACCACCAGCCGGGAAACGCUCAUCGACACCCCAGCCUCAACAUGCAAGGUCGCAACAGCGUGCUAACGAAGCGAUCGAGCGCCAGCCACGAUCAAGGAGCCGUGAUGCCACCAGCGCCAAGGUCAUAUCAGCUCAACAAGCUGCGAGUUUGAGAAUGCCUGUCAGAAAUACGCUCGGCACCGGACCGAAACCACUGCGAACGCAGGUUGGUCUUCAGAACGAUUCCACGGCAGCAAGUAUUGCCCAGCACAAGAAUUCCUUUGGUGGAUCUCACAUACAAGCACAACGAGGGCCCGCAAUUUCUACCUUCGACGACACCCAAAGUCUCCAUUUCGACGAGUCGACCAGUAUCGCCGAUGAUCAAGACUUCCACACAGGCUCGGGGGUUUUCAGAGCUCCUCCACGCCAUGAGCCGCCUACCAAACAGACUCAGUAUCACCACAACAAGUCUCUCAGCAAUAACAUCCUGCAUAAUUGGAAAGAAGAGGCGGACCGCGAAAGACAGCGACACGGUGAAUCUCCCAAGUUCACACAAAGCCUCCAGCACAAUACGGCAGAAAGCGUCUACAACGAUGAGCAGUCCGACGAUGGUUAUGAGCCAGAUGCCGAGUAUUAUCCUGAGGAGGAAGGACCGGAAGCGAACGACACACCAUCACGUCCUCGAAUAGUGGCCGAGGGUCACCCCGAAGCAGCUGCACCUAUACAUUUCGUCAAGCAGGAGGCGCAACAUGUUGUACCGGAAGAGCCACAGCAUAAACAUUCGCUCGGAGAGACUCACAAUGCUAUCAAUGUCAGGCACUUCCCUCAGCAGCCGAAAAGUCGUUUCCAGACUGGCAGACAAGUCCGGGACGAUAGUUCUGAGAGACCAGCUCAACCUGUGCAAGCUCCUAUUUCCGCUGCCCCUCGAGCGCACCUUCAAACGACUCAGCAGCCACCAUUCUCCUCCAAAGUCUCCUCCUACCAUGAAUCGUCGUCAGAAGAAGAGCAAGUCCUGCAAGCCGACCAGCCUCAGCCGCCAACCUCACCAACCCGCCCAUCCAAACGCCCGCGAGAGGACCAGGAUCUCGACUUCGAUAUGCAGGAACUAAAGACAAAGAGCAUAUCUGACCUCGACAAAAUCCCAUUCACUGUCGACCCUAGACUUCCCCCGCCCAAACCAGCCGUCGACGCGACCGGCACGCCAAUGACACUUGCAGCCAAACUGACGAAUCUAACCAAGAUGAGGUCAGAAGACGACCAACGCCAGCUGUUCCAGUCUUUGACAGACGCUGAGCGCGAGCAAACUGCAGAUUGGUUCCUGGAGAAGUUCCAAGCCGAUGUACAGCGAUUGAUGGAUGUCCGGCUCGAACGACGCAAGAUCGCGCUUCGUUACGAGUUGGAAGUCAAGAAACGGGAGAGGAGUGUCCAGACGAAGAUGGAGGAUGUGGCUGAUGAGUUGGCCGUGCUUAGGAAGGGCGGUGGUGCAUUGAUUGCUGGGAAGGGAAAGAGGACGGAAGACUGAGUGAUUGCAAGUGAGGUGUGAAGAGUGGUAUACCACGACUACGAGCAGAUCUGAUCUCUGGCACCCGGAGCAAGAGACUUCGCCGAUGAGGAGGGCGCAGAUGGCCUUUAUGAUGAACAUACUUACGAUAUACAUAUGAUGUUUACGACGUGAUGAGACGAACCACAAACGUGCUGGCCGGAGGAUAGAUACAUU